GCACACUUCCUGCGCAUCCCUUAGCGAAGGUGCAGCUUUCAAGAAACGUGUCCCACGCGCCACGCCGUCUGUUUCCAGGGCAACCCGGCGCCUCUUUGCCACCCCGCGGGCAGCCUGGGACGUUUCCCCGCGCCCCCAGCCUGCCAUGGCGGCCGCGGGUCCCAGCGUCUUCCUACUCAUGGUCAACGGGCAGGUGGAGAGCGCCCAGUUUCCCGAGUAUGACGAUCUCUACUGCAAGUACUGCUUCGUGUACGGCCAGGACUGGGCCCCCACGGCGGGUCUGGAGGAGGGCAUCUCACAGAUCACAUCUAAGAGCCAAGACAUGCGGCAGGCGCUGGUGUGGAACUUCCCCAUCGACGUCACCUUUAAAAGCACCAACCCCUACGGCUGUGAGUCUGCAGGGGCCCCAUGGGGACCGGGACCAGGACUGGGAGGUGCCCCCAGGAAAGUCCGGCCCUCGGGGGCCCGAUGGGGGUGGGGGGGAAAGGCAGCUUGUAUCAGCCCUGCCAUGGGCUCUCUUGCCGCCUGGCCACCCCAGUUCGCCUCCAUGCUGUGCAACGGACGCUGGGAGCACAGAGCCCAUCAGGUGAGACCCCAGCCUGCGCCCGGACAGCUCUGGGCCUGGCAAGGGCACAGCCUGGUGUCCGGGGCUGCGGCGGCCUGCACAAGCGUCUGUGAAAACAUUUGUUUCAGGCACAAGAGGACCAUCCCCAUGUUUGUCCCAGAAUCCACGUCUAAGCUGCAGAAGUUUACAAGCUGGUUCAUGGGACGGAGGCCCGAGUACACAGACCCCAAGGUAGUGGCCCAAGGUGAAGGCCGGGAAGUGACCCGCGUCCGCUCUCAGGGCUUUGUCACUCUUCUCUUCAACGUGGUGACCAAGGACAUGAGGAAGCUGGGCUAUGACAGUGGGCCUUCUGACACGCAGGGUGUCUCAGGGCCCAGCCCGCCGCAGGGACUCCCCCUGUGACAGCACCCCGCCCCCGCCCGCCGCGUCGGGCCAGGUGGUCCUCGGACAAGGCAGACUGUCCUUCCAGAGAGUUGGUCCUGGACACAUCUGUUGACAUGAAGCCUCACGGGACUGGGAAAGGGCCGGGGGGAGGGGGGAGAUUUUAUAUAAUAAAGCAUCGAUUUUUCGCAGAA